CGUCAAGCAUCAUCACACGUCAAGCGAAUUAAAUAUUGCGUAGGAUGGCCGAGGAUCUUCGUUUUAUAAACAGCUUCUCACAGUAGAUGGAUCACAUUGACUGCACAACGAUUGAAUGUUACGUUGAAGCAAACAUCUCAAAGAAAACGAAGAAUAAUUCCAACAUUGUGCAAUGAAGGGUCUCCUGGUUACAAUCGCUGCCGUAGCAGCUUUUGCUUCGCUUUUUAACUACGCCUUUGGCGCACCCAUACCUGCUUCGGUUGUAAACGUGCUCAACGGGAGCCCAGAGGAGAAUAAAUUGGCUGUUCAAUUUCUGAAGCGAUAUGAGUAUCUGAACACAACGACACGAAAAAACGAUUCUUCAGCGUAUGCUGGUGCACUCUCUAAAGCAGUGCGCGAUGUUCAAAGAAUGGGUGACCUUCCUGUCACCGGACAACUCAACAAAGAAACGUUAGCACUAAUGAAUACACGUAGAUGUGGCAGCUUGGAUCCCUAUAGAAAGCUGAACGAAACUAAUGAUUCCUUCGGUCAACCCAAAAUCGGAAGGUACUAUCUUCAAGGUACCAGAUGGAGGAAGAAGCAUUUGACGUACCGCUUUAAAGCGUCUACACUAGAUCUUUCCCAAUAUGCCCAAAGAGAUAUUAUUCGAAGAAUGAUCAACAAAUGGGACGAAGUGAGCACACUGACCAUUACUGAAGCGGACCCUGCAGUUCCUGAUGAUGACGUCGACAUUUUGAUUAGCUUUGUUAGACGUUACCAUAACGACCCUUACCCAUUUGACGGUCAAGGAGGAACGCUGGCUCACGCUUUUUAUCCACACAACAAUAAAGGCUUGUCUGGUGACGCUCAUUUUGAUGACGAUGAGAGGUACACCACAGGGACACCAGACGGCAUCAACUUGGACUGGGUGGCGCUUCACGAGUUUGGACACAGUUUGGGUUUGGAGCAUUCCAAUGUGCGUGAAGCCGUUAUGUACCCGUGGUACAAGGGUUAUUUCCCAAACAUCGAGCUUACUCGGGAUGAUAUCCUGGGAAUUCAGCAGAUUUACGGAAGACCGCCCAAGCCCAAACCUAAGCCUUCAACCACUGUCAAGCCCACAAACAAAGAAACUCAACCUCAUCCCUCCACCAAACCAACCCCAUCACCAACCCCAUCACCAACCCCAUCACCAACCCCAUCACCAACUCCAUCCCCAACCCCAACAGAUCCAGACACAUCAGAGCCCGAUGUGUGCUCGGUAACAAAGUAUGAUGCUGUUGUCGCCGAACAUGACGCCCGAGGCGCUAAAUUGACGCAUUUUUUCAGUGGAGACUAUUUCUGGACACAUACAGGAAGUCGUCUGGUUAAGCCAACCAAAGCUCAGAAAGUAAGAGCCGUCUGGCCUGAAGUGCAAACCCCAGUGGACGCUGUUCAUCGCGAAAAAACAUCCGAACACCUCGUUUUCUUUAAAGGAAACAAAUUUUGGAAGUACAACAAGAAAAGACAGCUGCAGUCUACUGGCAAUGUUAACCAAUACUUUAAUUCUCGUGAACCCGUAAACCCGGACGCAAUGUUUGUUUUGAUACAGAACGGAAAGACAUACGUCUUCAAAGGCUCACAAUACUGGAGAUUCAACGUAGCUAGAAACAAGUUCGACAGAGGAUAUCCACGAAACAUCCGACCGGCCUGGGGUACCAAUUUCCCUAUUGACAUUGACGCAGCAGUUACUUGGCCGGGAAAUAGCAGAAGCUACGUCUUUAAAGGAGAACAAUAUUGGCGGCUAAAUAAAUGGAAUGUUGAAGCUAAAUACCCACAAAAUAUCGCUGAAAAGUGGAUGAAGUGUAAUACGAACGUAGGAGGCUUGAGUGUAGGAUCCAUUGAAGAGGAUCCUUAAGUUGACCUGACCACUCCCUCAAGAAGGACGACACUAAUGAAUAUUGGAUCAGGAAAAACACUUUGUAAUACUAUAAUGUCAAUAAAACGUUAUUCAGAGAAUUCCUUCAAAUAUAAAAGUGGCUCAAUUUGAAUGUUAUUUUUAAGUUUUAUUAUUAUUUUUUUUUCUUGGAGGACAGUGACAUAGGAAUAAACUGUCAUUCCAUGAAUAGAAAACAGAACUCUUGGUAAAGAUCAAAAUCUUAGUCACAAUUUUUACUAAAAAAAAAUUAGCAAUACUUUAUUCAGUAAGAUAUCAAAUCGAAGGAAUAUGUAUUUAUUUUGUAUUAUUUGUCUUACUUGUGUAAAAUAUUUCAAUAGGAACGUAUCUCA